UCGGGAUACAGCAGCACCGAGGCGCAUCCCUCUGCAGACGCGACCUCCGUCCGAGCGGCUUUUGAUGCUUCCGCCUGCAGGUUGGAUCCGGACGCCGCGUCCACAGACUCUUGCAAGAAGAAAAAUAAACAAAUGGAUUUGCUUCCGGACUUGUGGAAACAGGAGUAUUGGCUUCCACCCGGUGUGACCUGGAGAGACCUGGAGCGGCUGCCGGACUCCGAGAGACCCCGUCCCAAGGACCUUCUGAUCGCUCUGCCCCUCGCUCUGGGCUUUGUCGCAGUUCGCUGCGUGUUUGAGAGGUUUCUGGCCCCACCCAUCGCCAGAUGUCUGGGGGUGAAGAAUAGAGUGCGAGUGAGCGCCGCCCCCUCCCCGCAACUGGAGUCGUAUUACUGUCACAGGAGCAAACAGCCGACGCAGAUUGAUCUUGCCAGUUUAAUGGUGUCAUGUGGAAAAACCCAGAGACAGAUCGAGAGCUGGUUCAGAGUUCGCCGGAACCAAGACCGACCCAGUCAAACCAAGAAGUUUGCUGAAGCUGCAUGGAGGUUCUUCUUCUACCUAUCAGCCUUUGUAGCUGGACUGACCUCCGUAGUGAACAGACCCUGGUUCUGGGAUCACAGGGAAUGUUGGAGGCAUUAUCCUAUUCAGCCCUUAGAGAAAGCUCAUUUCUGGUACUACAUGCUGGAGUUGGGAUUUUAUGGCUCUCUGCUCCUCCGGAUCUCUGUGGACGUCAAAAGGAAGGACUUUAAGGAGCAGGUGAUCCACCAUUUGGCGACCAUCUUCCUGCUCGCCUUCUCCUACUGUGCCAACUACAUCCGCAUCGGCACCUUGGUCAUGCUGCUUCACGACUCGUCUGACAUAUUGUUGGAGUCGGCUAAGAUGUUCAACUACGGCACCGGCUGGAGGAAGACAUGUGACUCUCUGUUUGUUGUGUUUGCUGUGGUCUUUCUUGUGACUCGACUGCUGAUUUUCCCCAGCAGAAUCAUUCGGACCACCCUGCUCCUGUCCAUGGAGGUCUUUGAGCCUUUUGCUGGCUACUACUUUUUUAACAUCCUGCUAAUGGUGCUGCAAGCUCUUCACAUAUUCUGGGCGGUGCUGAUCUUGCGCAUGGUCUACAAGUUCCUGAAAGGCAAGCUUGAAAAAGAUGAGCGCAGUGACGAAGAGAGUGAGGCUGACUUGGAGGAGGAGGACAAGGCGAAAGAAGAAAAGACGGAUCAAGGAGGGGAUUGUUACUGGGGAAAAAGUAAAGAAACUCUGAACUGCAAACUGUCGGCUCUGACCAACAGUUGUGUCCUCAAUAACUUGACCCACCACCGGUCCUCAGUGGCUAAUAGAACACGCAAAGCUCAGUAAAGAUUUUUAUGACUUAUUUUUAUCCAUUUAGCUUUGUACAGGAAACAAUGGAAUACGAAGAUGCUAUGAAAAUGUUGCUGUUUGUAGCGCUCAUGUGAGAUAGAUAACUUUCCUUUGGUUUUGCCUGUCUUCUUACACAAAGACACAGUCUGUUAUGCUUCUGCUGCACAACUCAGCUUAUGAUUGUUAUUUGGUUGGAGGAGAAUGUAUUUUUUAUAAAAAUGUUUAAAAUUUUACUUUUAAGACCCAUUGCAGUUCACAUGUAGAGAUUGCAUGUGGCAAUGGGACAGACUGAGAAAAAUACAUAGAAUUUGAGCAUAUAUAUGAUUUUAUAAUUAAUUUUAUAAUCUUAAAAAUAUACCGAAAUCUUUUCUAUGACAUUUA